CAGCGUGUUAUAUUAUUUAGGAUUCCUCCGUUCCCGAAGAGGAAAGGAAAGAGAAGGAGUAAACCCAUAAGCAGUUAACUCUUCAGAAAUAGAUCUUAAGCCACGUUUGCGAGUAUCCUUCCUUGAUCUUUCCCCCACUAUAUGAUGAUGUUAAGUUCCCCUAUUAAGCCAGCCCUUUCCAUCGCCUUGCCCCAUCUCUCCAAUGCAGGGCGACGGUUUCCUGGGGGAGCCCUUUCUCUGUAGCACUGAAUUGCGGAAUGUUGUUGUUGCUGCGGAGUACAGUUUCAGGAUCCCUACUCGGUCAAACCUCUCAAGAACAAAACAUAAAAGAUUACUAGAUAGAAUAAAACUCAAGCUUAUGAAAUCAAGAGUCUGGAGAGGAUUCCUUAUCUGGUAGUAGAUAAAGUUCUGUCUGUUGUUUAGUCAAGUGCCCAAUUCAGUUUUCUCAUCCUGAUGUCCUCUGCUUCCUGACCCUUGGAGAAAAGGGAGCCACAACUACAAAAGGGAGAGGCUUCUUGUUUUCCCACACCUGCCUGCCAUGGCCAGAGAGGGAAUGGGGGCAGAGCCCACACUAAGAGCGUGUCUGCACAUUUGCUCUUCCAAACCGGAUGCAUUGUUCCAGCACCCUUGACCCCCUCCGUCUGUACAGCAGCAGGCACUACACAGUCUGCUCCCUCAUCGUUCAAGGUGUAGACCAGAAAAGCUGUGGAGUCACCUAAUGUUUCUCACCUCUGCUACCGUCUAAAGGCCAUGAUGUUCUCAUUCACAAGACCUUUCAUUAUGAUCUCUCCAAAAAGUGUGAAAUCUGGAAUCAAGACAUCAGUCCUAAAGUGUGCCAGAAGGCAUACAGAUUUCAGUUUGUCACUUUCUUGUGAGGGUGAAUUUUGAAGAGAAAAUAUUCAGCCAUAAAAUGGCAGUUAUAUUAUGGAAAAGUUUACAUCGAAUUACUAAUGGCAGAUUGCUGCAACAAAGAACUUUGUCUUUUUAUAACCAUACCCAUGGUUUUGAGGAGGAGGAAAUAAAGAAAAAAUUACAGCAGUUCGCUGGUGGAUCUAUCAACCUUUCUAAAGAACAUGAUGGCAUUGGAAUACUUACAUUGAAUAACCCAAAGUAUAUGAAUGCAUUCACAGGUACGAUGAUGAUAGAACUACAAGAAAGAGUUGCUGAGCUGGAAAGCUGGAAGGAUGGGAAAGGGCUUAUUGUUUGUGGUGCAGAAAAUACAUUUUGUUCUGGAUCUGAUUUGAAUGCGGUCAGGGCACUGUCCAGCCCACAGGAUGGGAUGAACAUGUGUAUGUUCAUGCAAAACACCUUAACCAGACUUAUGAGGUUACCUCUAAUUACGGUUGCAUUAGUUCAAGGAAAAGCUCUGGGAGGAGGAGCAGAAUUGACCACAGCGUGUGACUUCAGGUUAAUGACCCCGGAGAGUGAAAUUAGAUUUGUCCACAAGCAGAUGGGCUUAGUACCAGGCUGGGGAGGAGCUGCCAGGCUCGUACAAAUCCUUGGCAGCAGUUCUGCCCUCAAGUUGCUGAGUGGUGCUGUAAAAGUGCAGCCAGAGAGCGCCCUUCGUAUGGGCCUGGCAGAAGCCAUGUUGCCCUCUUCGGAUGAAGCUGACUCUCUAGAAGAAACCUGCAAAUGGCUUCAGCCAUACACAGAGGGCCCGGCUGAAGUAAUCCAGGCUGUGAAGAAAGCUGUUGCAGCAGGGAGAGAGCUACAGUUAGAAGCUGCCUUAAGGAUGGAAAAAAAGAUUUUUGGAACUCUGUGGGGCGGGCCUGCAAACCUACAGGCCUUGUCUCAGAGGACAAAACACAAGUGAGCAACUUCCAAAGCAUAAGACAAAUGGUUUUCACCUUUUGCAAAGCAAAAUCAAACCAGCUGCUGCCAAGUGGGGAUCUGCACGGAAAAGAACUUUAUCAACAUGGGCAUUAACUUUGAGUUAUAUAAGAGGCCCCUUAUACUCUGAUCACCACUAACAGAGAUGAGAGAAAUCCCAUUUCAUGAAAAAAAAACCCAAAGUGUUGGGAAUUGUAAUGUGGAAUCUUGUUCCCAGGCAGGGAAAAAGUAAUAAAAGUAGUUUACUUCCAGCAAUCUGC